UUUGUCAAGUGAAGUCGGGGUUGCGGCGGCCAUGUUAGUGCGGCGGCCUCGUACAGUUGGCAGUGUUGUCACGGCGGCCGAGGCGAGGUGGCUGCUGCUUCCUUCAUCACCAAGUAUCAUACUCCUCCUACACAACAUCUGUGUACUCAAAAAUGGUGUCUGUGAUCAGUAAUGUAGAGACUGGUCAUGAUGACAUGAUCCAUGAUGCUCAGAUGGAUUACUUUGGUACAAGGCUGGCAACAUGUUCCUCGGACAGAUCCAUCAAGAUCUUCGAGGUGAAGGGCACUUCACAAACUUUAAUUGCAGAUCUCCGGGAACAUGAGGGACCAGUUUGGCAAGUGGCAUGGGCUCACCCUAUGUAUGGCAACAUCUUAGCAUCAUGCAGCUAUGAUCGUAAAGUUAUCAUUUGGCAAGAAGAUGGCCACAAAUGGAAAAAGAUACAUGAAUAUGCUAACCAUGAUUCAUCAGUCAACAGUGUGUGUUGGGCACCUCAUGAGCAUGGCCUCAUUCUGGCCUGUGCAUCAGCAGAUGGGUCUGUAUCUAUUUUAACUUCCACUGCACACACAUGGGAGUCAAAGAAGAUCACCAAUGCCCAUUCCAUUGGGUGUAAUGCAGUGAGUUGGGCACCUGCUGUGGCAUCUGGUUCUGCUGAUGGUUCCAACAGAUCAGGAGCUGCAGUCCAACGUAUCGUUACUGGCGGAUGUGAUACCUAUGUUAAGAUAUGGAGAUUUGAUAGUUCUAGUGGAGAAUGGACCGAGGAAAGUAAACUUGAGGGACACUCCGAUUGGGUGCGAGAUGUGGCCUGGGCACCUUCCAUCGGCCUCCCUCGUUCCAUCAUUGCAUCAUGCUCCCAGGAUCGGCGGGUCAUUAUCUGGAUGAAUGAUGGAGUGACAGGUGUGUGGCAACCAAGAGAGCUAAACACUUUUGAUGAUGUCAUCUGGCAUGUUAGCUGGUCUGUUACUGGAAAUAUUCUAGCAGUUUCUGGUGGAGAUAAUAAGGUUAGCCUGUGGAAAGAAAGCUUGGAAGGUCAGUGGGUGUGUUUGAGCGACUCUGCCAAAGGACAACCAGCUUCUGAACAACGUACACUCUAGCAACAACCAUAAGCAGCAGUGUCACGUGCAAUUUGAUACUUACAAAAUGCAUAGUGACCAAUUUUAUUUUUAAGAAAGUUAUAACUUAAUUGAGUCAGGAUUUUAAUGGUAGAUUAUUUCUUUGUUGUAAUUAUCAAUAAUCUAAAAGUUAUGCAGACUAGCAAAUCAUCUUUACUUUUAUGAUGCAGUGUAUUAAAUUUAUAAUGAUUCCAUUCAGAAUGUCAGGUUAAAUUGCAAACAUUUUCAUUCGGGAGCUGUCCAAAAUCUGUAUAUAGUUAGGUGCAACAUUGGAUGGUGUAGUUAUUUGUGUAAUUUAUUUUUGAAGACACAUUACGAGGAACAUACACAUUUUUUGACAAUGUAAAAACAGCAUGAGAGUGUAUGAACUUCAGGUCACUGCUGUAUUUUGUGGUAAAAGUUACGUGUUAACAUUGUGAGAACAGUAUGUUGAAUAUGGUCUGUAUAUUAAAAUAAAUAUUAAUUUUGGAAUA